CUGCCAUAUGACGCGCUUUGUUCGUCACAGGCAGCUGCGUUCGCGAAGGGCCGUUUGUACCUGAGCAAGGUAACAGCAACAGGUCAUUUCUCCGGGCGAGGGGAGCCACCGGCCUCGCCGUCUCGCGGCGCUUAGUCGCGAACCACCCGCCGCGCCGACCGCACGCCCGGCCACGCUCCGAAUCGCAGACUUUCACGCGAACGACUCCAGCCACACCGAGUUAUGUGCGCUAACGCACGCUCCGAUAACCGUCGUGUUGGCUUACACUCGUGACGGCUCAAAUGUCGCCCAGUCUAGAAGGGAUCAUGUUCAACAGGAACGCGAACCUGUCCGCGCGCCGGCCGCUGCUGGCGGAGCCGCAGAAGCCCUUAGUGGUCCCGCCACGCGCGCCGCCCCGCGACACCGGCCCGCAGCGGCCGCUACCUGCGCCUAGGAACCUGCCCAAUCCCUACGAAUACCGACCAGAUUACUGGAAGCCCUCGAAUGUCGAACUUGAACGCAGAUUGCAGGAGACGAGGUCCCGGGAGAAAAUCAGUUACUUCCAGGAUAAGUUAACGCCACCGGAGCUGAGCUUAGAUAGGAGAGAGGCGGAGCUGGUGUUCAGGUUCGAUCCUCACGCGUCCGCGGAGUAUUUAUCGAACCAGUACCGCGCUCCCACAGUUCAGUACGCGAAGCCUACGCCUGCGAACGGGUUUUCUAACCGUCUGCCGGACCGCGACGGGCCCUUCGUAUUCGGCGUCCACAAUCCCAGCCAAUUCCCGAUCCCGCGAGAUCGUCGCGACGAUGACGACUACGACUACUCAGAAGUCGCCGAAGAGAAUGGACGAGUUAAAGAUGAUGUGUCCGAAACGAACUGUUGUGAUAAAGUGAACGAGUGGACGGCUCGGGACAAAAAGAAGAGUAGGACACUUAAUCGGAUGUUUCAGAUUAAAGGAAAGGUGAAAUGUGCGAAGAAGGAGAAGAUUAAGUGUGUGUUGGUGGGGGACGGGGCGGUGGGUAAGAGCUCGCUGAUCGCGGCGUACGCACAGGACGCCUUCCGGGAGGAGUACCAACCCACUGCCUACGACACAUUCAAGGUUGUAGUGGACGUGGACGACCGACCGAUCCGAGUUGAAAUCUGUGAUACUGCUGGCCAGGACUCAAUGUCCGAGCUGCGCGAGCUGUGCUACCCAGGCACGGACGUGUUACUCCUCUGCUUCUCUGUAGUCCGGCCCGAGACCUUCCGCUCCGUAGCGGAGCGAUGGACGCGCGCCGUCGCCGCCGUCAACGCCCCACUGCUGCUCAUCGGCACGCAGAGCGAUCUGGCGCUCGAUCCGAGAGUCCUGCAGACUUUGAGGAGUCGGGGCGAGCACGUUGUUACGGAUGCAGAAGCGAGGGCUUUAGCGGCGAAAAUAAAUGCGACAUACAUUGAAACUUCGGCCAAGACGCGCAAAAAUUUGAAAGACGCCUUUGACGCCGCCAUAUUGGCGGGGUUGCCAGUACUUCAAAGCAAAAGACCCUUUUGGAAGAAACUGCUUUGUAUAAAUUGA